AUGUGGGCUGAACCACUGGGGAAACAGCUGGGCCGUCCCACGCGAUCACUUGCAGGGUGGUUGGUGAGCAAGUGGCUCACAGCUUACAAUCAGGUCCUGGAGGAGAGUGCUGUGCAGCUGUGUGCCAUCCAACCUGGGGACACUGUGCUGGAGCUGGGUCAUGGCCCCGGUCUGGGUCUACAGUCUGCAGCCAAACUGCUCACGGGCCCCACAGGCCACCUUAUAGGGGUGGAUUACUCAGAGUACAUGCACCAGAUGGCAAAGAAACAAAUGAUGGAACUUAUAGCGAGUAAAAAAGUGACGCUCCACCACUGUGACGUAGCAGCAAUGCCUCUCAGAGACAGCACUGUGGACAGAGUCUUUCACUGUAACUGCUACUACUUCUGGCCUGAUCUUAGAAAAGGAGCCGCAGAAAUACACCGGGUGAUGAAGCCAGGAGCCCUGAUGGUCACAACUCUGAGGCUUUCUCGUGUGGCUACGAUAGCAGCGAAGGGGGUGAUGCCAGGGGAAAAUUGGCGCCCAGAGGCCUACAUGGCAGCCCUGAGAGACUCCGGCUUCACUGAUGUUAGAAUGGAGGACAAGCAGGACAGAAACAUUACUUUUCAGGCUAUCUUUGCCACUGCCUUCAAAUAAGAUACUUAUGCAAUUAUGAAGUUUAGUGUGAUUACAUCAGUCAUUAAUGGUCUUCCUUUUGAAGAUGGAUAAACUUGAACUUAUCAUAAUGAUAAACAUAUACAGAUGAGAAGUUUUAUAUCAUUUUCUGUCAUUCCCUACGUGCAAUGUUCUUACAUCAGUACCAGUAUACAGUAUGGUGAUUUUAAAGCUUCAAAACAGCAUUACUGUGAAAAGUGGAAAUAAAACAUAAUGAAGAACUCUAUGGAGGAAACCCAACUGUAUGAAUGUGUAAUCAUGCAAUAAAUGGAAAACAGGAAUAAAAGAAUUAGAAAGAA